AUGGUUGACGGAAAUCGCACGACUCUGAUGAAACGCCAGCAGAAACAAGCGCGACAGCUCAUGGCCAUUGAUAUUAUCAUAUGGAAUGAAAUUUCAAUAGCCCCGAAGUGCCUCCUCGAAGCCGUCGAAGGUUUGUUACGUGAUAUCAUGCAGAACGACAGGCCGUUCGGCGGCAAGCUAUUCAUCAUUGGAGGUGAUUUUCGGCAAGUACUACCAAUAGUUGAGCACGGACAACGCGACGACUUUGUAAACUCGUUGUUCUUUGGUCACUAUUCAAGAUUCGUUGGUUUCAAGUUAGCAUGA